GCCAAAAAAAAAAAGAAACCACCGCAGUUUGAAAUGAUGGCGUCCGAGAAAGACACGACCAGUCUCCGCUGGUUUGUCUGUGGUCAACUCCGAGAUGAGCCAGACCUCAGCACACUGACCUUGAGGAUUUUGAAAAAGCGAUAUCUGGCCCAUGUGCGAUGUGAAUCAUUAAGUAGAGGUCAGAGACAUUUCAUGAAACAGGUGGUUCAAGAGGAGCUGAUGAAAAUGCAGGAUAAUGACAAGAUUAAAAGUGAGUUGGAGACCAAAAAGCUCCAAAACAAAAGGAAGAGAGUAAAAGAGAAUGACGAGGUGAUAAGUGGGGCAGAAGAUGAAGUUAAAUCCACGGCAAAGAAAUCUCGUCAGUCAAGAUCAUCAUCAGAAUCUGAAGAUAAAGAGGACUGCAAAACAGGAAGUGGGGAGAGUAAGGAGGAAGAGCAAAUUCAGUCUGAAUCUGAGGAUGAAGAGCAAGCAGUGCAAAAAUCAAAUGGAAACGGUAAACGGCAGAUAAACAGUGAAGACUCUGAAGAUGAGGAAAAGUCUGAAAAAGAAGAGAAUGAGCGUGACUGUGAUGACAGUCCAAAAGAAAUGGUGAAGAAGAGAGAAAGUAAUACAAAGAACGGAAAGACAGGAAGUGGUGAUGCAAGUGAAGGAAAGAAAACACCACAGAGCGAUAAAGAGAAUGAAACUGACACAGAUGGCAAAGCAGAAAGGAGCGACAAAAUCAAUGCUACUGACUCCUCAGACAACAGACAAGAAAAAAAAGUCUUGGGAGAAAAGAAAAAUAACGACCCAGACUCUGAUUCAUCAUCACUUCCCUCUGUGGAGGAUGAACAUCAUAGUGAGACGGAAAAUACACAAGAUAAAAAGAAGAAGAAAACCGUGAAAAAAGAGGAGCGCAGCAAAAGUCAAAAGGAUGACAACAGAGCCAUUUUGAGGCUCAAACGCUACAUCGCUCUCUGUGGUGUGAAGAAGAACUACAAGAAGCUCCUCGAUGGCUGUCGCUCUGUGCGCUCCAAGGUGGCUGUUCUGAAGAAGGAGCUGGAAGAUAUUGGUGUCCAAGGCAAUCCAUCUAUUGAGAAAUGCAAAAAAGUCAAAAUGAAGAGAGAGGAAGAUGAGGAACUAGUUGAUAUGGAUGUCAGCAACAUUAUUGUCACACAAGCACACACAAAAUAUGAAUAUGUUGGGGUACCUCUCUCAGGUCGACCUAAGCGCAGGGCCUCAGCCUGGCAGGAACAACAGGACGCUCCAUCCUCUCCAUAUCUGCGCACUCUGAACUCUGACUCUGAUAGUGAUCAGGAACACGACACACCGAGAGGGCGCAGAAGAACAACAGACUGGGCCAACCUGCAGGGGAUCAUUAGUGACGAUGCAGACAGCGACUGACCGGGAAAUAAAUUACUUUGAUUGUGAGGAUUCUGAUACAAAAAAAAUCAGUGGAGAGUUGAUAAAUGAUUGUUUCAUGUACAUCUAGUAUGUUGUAUUUCAAAUAAAAGUAUUUUUCCCGGUGUAUAAAAACAUGUGCUGAUUCACUGUUUAUUAUAGCUGAAUGAAAUAAAUGUAUAUAAAAGUA